AAUGGAUAGAGAACCCUCAACCCCAUGUGCCUAUUCCGAAGGAGGGUGGAAGAUGCUGAGAAGAAAGCCGAGCAAAAUCGAAGUCAGAGUUGAAGACAAAGAAGAACUCGAAGAAGCCCGCCGUCUUCGCGGGGCCCCUGCCAGCACCAGUUCCACAACCGCAUCUUCACUUCUCCACCGCUUCGAUCGUUCGUCUCUUGAUCCCUCCUCCAAAUCCCAUCGCAUCGGCCUCUCCUCUUAAAAACCCAUAAAUCAGAACCCUCAUAAAACUGUAAGAAAAGUUACGUACAUGCCGAUCCUUUUUUAGACUGAUGGAGAUUGAAGUGAAGCUCCGUUUACCAAACAAAGCUUCCCACCAGAAGCUUCUUCAAUUACUAUCUCCAUUUCACAUAACUACACACCACCAGCACAAUACCUUCUUCGAUGGAACGGGUUCCCAGCUGAGCUCGCGCGGAGCCGUGUUGCGCCUCCGGUUUUAUGAGCAAACUGACAUCCCCAAAUGCUUUAUUUGCCUCAAAGCCAAAGCGGUGAUUACCAACGGGGUGAGCCGCGUCGAGGAGGAUGAGGAGGAGGUGGACCCGUCUAUUGGGUAUGCCUGUUUGGAAGAUCCGGGGAAGCUGAUAAACGUCGAUUCAAGGGUUUUGGGGAGGGUUAAAGAGGAAUUUGGAGCAAAUGGUUUCAAGGGGUUGGGGGGCUUCAGGACUGUGAGAAGUGUGUAUGAGUGGAACGGAGUGAAAUUGGAGGUAGAUGAGGUCAAGUAUGAAUUCGGGGAUUUGUAUGAGGUCGAGUGUGAGAAUGUGGAGCCUGAGAAGGUCAAGGGGAUGAUUGAGACUUUCUUCAAGGAAAAUGGGAUUGAGUAUUCAGAGUCACUCAUGUCAAAGUUUGCAAUUUUCCGGGCCGGAAAGUUGCCUUCUUAGUAAGUCAAUUUAACCGUGAUUUAUGAUAUGGAUUUCAUUUAUGUUAUCUGGCUGGAUGUUUUUUCAGAAGCUGGUGGAAGAGGAUUAAUAAACGGAGGGAUUUUCCUUAUAUACAAGCUCUCUAGAACCUAUAUGGACUUGAAGUCCAAGAUUAACAACUUGGUGUUUUCUGGUUCUUUUGUUUGGCCUUUUCAUCUGAUGAACUGCCGAUAAUGUCUCUAAAUGCAAAUUUGAUAUUUUCCUCUUUUUGUUUCAUGUACUGGAGUUGAUUUAAUACCAUCAAAACAAAAUGUGAUCAAUAUGACUUUUAAUUUUGAUUUAUUUUUAGCUUGUGAUUGACA